AUGAAUCCUCCACAUUGCUUGACUUUAUAUACUACCGGGCUGAGACGGCCCUCAUUAUGGAAGCGAUGCACAGUCACUUCUCUUCGCUUCUCGUCAUCCAACUCGAGGUGGAAGCAACGGCAAGGAAAGGAUGCCUACGCGCGCGAGGCGAAGGUUCAGGGUCUCAAAAGCCGCGCCGCAUUCAAGCUUCUUGAGAUGGACGCAAAAUAUCACUUAUUCAAACCCGGCGGUGUCGUGGUAGACUUGGGUUACGCUCCAGGGAGCUGGUCACAGGUUGCUUUGGAUCGAACUCGCCCUCGUGGCAAAAUUAUCGGUAUCGACCUCAUCCCAGCUGAACCUCCAAAGGGUGUUGCGACCUUUCAAGGAGAUUUCCUUUCGCCAGAUGUUCAGAAAAUGGUAAAAGAUUUCAUAUCCCAAAGUAGUCAAACUCCCCCCAAACGACAAGGGGUCAAAACAACGACAGAAAGCAGCUCCACCAUGGAGUUGGGCCAAUCCAGCUACAUUGAUGUCGGACCGCCUGUAGCUGGGGCACAGUACAACGAAGCGCAAGUGGUGGAUAUUGUAUUAAGUGACAUGCUGAUGAACACGAGCGGCGUGGUAUUUCGUGACCAUGCCGGGAGUAUGGAUCUCUGCGACGCAGCAUUACAUUUCGCGGAAGAAACGCUCAAGACUGGCGGGCAUUUCGUAUGCAAGUUUUAUCAGGGCUCGGAAGACAAGCUGCUGGAGCAAAGGCUCAAGAGAAUGUUCUCCAAAGUCCACCGUGAAAAACCUGAAUCGUCACGCAAUGAAAGCAAGGAGGCAUUCUUUGUCGCAUUGCGACGGAGAGCUAUAGCCAGAGAUUGA